AUGUGCAUUCUUAAAUGCUGCAGUCUAAGAGUGCUUUUUCUAUUGGUGCUAUGUAGGUCAGUGCAAAUUUGUGAAGCUGAAGGAAAGGGUCAAAUUCUUCCCCCAACUAUACAAAAAAUAAUAAAAGGAUACAACAAGUAUCUACGUCCAUUUUUUGACAAUGGUCCUGUGUCAGUUGGAAUGAGUCUGGAUAUUGCAAGCAUUGAUACAAUAUCAGAAAUAAAUAUGGAUUACACAGCUACCAUAUUUCUAAGGCAGAGAUGGACUGAUGAAAGGCUUUGUUUCAAUGGUAAUAAGAGUUUAAGUUUAGAUGGUCGGCUUGUGGAAAUGCUUUGGGUACCAGAUACCUUCAUAGUUGAUUCAAAAAAGUCUUUUCUUCAUGAUAUCACUGUUGAGAAUCGUCUUAUAAGAAUAUACCCUAAUGGAACAGUCUUGUAUGCUAUACGGAUCACCACAACUGUUGCGUGCAGCAUGGAUCUAACCAAAUACCCAAUGGAUAAACAGACAUGUACCUUGCAACUGGAAAGCUGGGGUUACAACAUCAAUGAUGUCAUGUUUUACUGGACGAGAGGAAAUGAUUCAGUUCGAGGUUUGGACACACUCCGGCUGGCACAAUAUACAGUAGAAGACCACUUUACCUCAGUAUCUGAAGCGGUAUAUGAGACAGGACGUUACCCAAAACUAGUGUUUCACUUUGAACUCAAGAGAAACAUCUUAUAUUUCAUACUAGAGACAUACGUACCAUCAAUCCUCCUGGUUGUGCUCUCCUGGGUAUCAUUUUGGAUAAGCCAGUCAUCAGUUCCAGCCAGAAUCUGCAUAGGUGUUACCACUGUCCUAACUAUGACAACGCUGAUGAUGGGAGCCAGGACUUCACUCCCAAAUGCUAAUUGCUUUAUUAAGGCAAUUGAUGUGUACCUCGGUAUCUGUUUCAGUUUCAUCUUUGGAGCGUUGUUAGAAUAUGCUGUGGCUCAUUUCUGCACUCUGCAUCGACCCAGCUCAAAGGAACUUCCGAAGGAUGAGGAUGAAGAGGCUGAAGAAGAAAGGAAUGGAGUCCUGGCAGCAGUUGCUAACAGUUGCAGCGCCUCUGACAAUGUGAACAAAAUUGAUUCAAACAAGAGCAGCAAAACCAGCAUCAAUGGCAAAAAGGAGAGAAGUAAACACAGUGGAUGUAGUUCACCAAUGUCAGUAAUGAAAAGACUUUUCUGUAUCUUUGAUUGUUUCCACGUUAAAAAUCCUUACCACAUAGACAACUAUGCCAGAUUUUCUUUCCCGUUAUCAUUCAUCAUAAUUAAUGUAUUUUAUUGGGUAUAUUAUUUGUAUUUCUAAAUAUUUUAAAAUUAAAACUGUCAUGGUGUAAAGGUUAGAAAGUGGAUACAGCAGGGAAGUUGCAGUAGAAUGGGAAAGCUGCCUUAGGCUAAAGGGAUAUGAGGGGACAUGCUGUCUUUUCAAGCAUUUAUGUGAACUUUCUCGUUAACUCACUUUUCCACUAUUAAAUGGCUGUCAUCUGAAAUUGACUUUCCUUUUAGCAUGCAUGUCCCAUAUUAUACUACUAGUCAAUGGACAUUAAAUUCUUUUUAAUAUUUUAAUGGUCAACUUUGUAAAAUAAAAGCUAUAUUAUAGUUGUUUCUGAACUGUGUUGAAUAUGUUGAAAAAUAAAGACAUUGAAGUGUUGUUUUCC